GGCAGCGGGAUGCAGAGCUCGGCGCCGCUCCUCACUGCUUCCCUGUGCAGCACGACGAGCCUAGCUCCGCCGCCCCAGCCAGCCAGCCAGCCAGCCAGCCAGCCGGCAGUCCAUCCAUCCGCACCGGCGCGCCCGCACCUCCGCACCCCGCCGGCCCCGAGCGGACUCCGCAGCGCGCCCCUCCCUCCCGUCCGAGCGCCGCGGCCACCUGCGCGCAGAUGGAGCUGGACCACAGGACGACCGGAGGCCUCCACGCCUACCCCGGGCCGCGGGGCGGGCCGGUGGCCAAGCCCAACGUGAUCCUGCAGAUCGGUAAGUGCCGGACCGAGAUGCUGGAGCACGUGCGCAGGACCCACCGGCACCUGCUGGCCGAGGUCUCCAAGCAGGUGGAGCGCGAGCUCAAGGGGCUGCACCGGUCGGUGGGCAAGCUGGAGAGCAACCUGGACGGCUACGUGCCCACGAGCGACUCGCAGCGCUGGCGGAAGUCCAUCAAGGCCUGCCUGUGCCGCUGCCAGGAGACCAUCGCGCACCUGGAGCGCUGGGUCAAGCGCGAGAUGCACGUGUGGCGCGAGGUCUUCUACCGGCUGGAGCGCUGGGCCGACCGCCUGGAGGCCAUGGGCGCCAAGUACCCGGUGGGCAGCGAGCCGGCGCGCCACACCGUCUCCGUGGGCGUCGGGGGCCCCGAGAGCUGCAGCCAGGAGGCCGACGGCUACGACUACAGCGUCAGCCCCUACGCCAUCACCUCACCGCCCGCCGCGGGCGAGCUGCCCGGCCAGGAGCUGGAGGAGGCCCAGCAGUACCCGCCCUGGGGGCCCGGCGAGGACGGGCAGCCCCACCCGGGCGUGGACACGCAGAUCUUCGAGGACCCGCACGAGUUCCUCAGCCACCUGGAGGAGUACCUGCGGCAGGUGGGCGGCACCGAGGAGUACUGGCUGUCCCAGAUCCAGAACCACAUGAACGGGCCCGCCAAGAAGUGGUGGGAGUACAAGCAGGGCUCGGUCAAGAACUGGGUGGAGUUCAAGAAGGAGUUCCUGCAGUACAGCGAGGGCACGCUGUCCCGCGAGGCGAUGCAGCGGGAGCUGGACCUGCCGCAGAAGCAGGGCGAGCCGCUCGACCAGUUCCUCUGGCGCAAGCGCGACCUGUACCAGACGCUGUACGUGGACGCGGACGAGGAGGAGGUCAUCCAAUACGUGGUGGGCACCCUGCAGCCCAAGCUCAAGCGCUUCCUGUGCCACCCGCUGCCCAAGACCCUGGAGCAGCUCAUCCAGCGGGGCCUGGAGGUGCAGGGCGGCCUGGCGCAGGCCGAGCCCGCCGGCCCCCCGCGCCCCGCCCCGGAGGAGGCUGAGGCCGAGGCCGAGGCUGAGGCUGAGGCCGAGGAAGCCCUCACGCCGGCCCUCACCAACGAGUCCGUGGCCAGUGAUGGGACCCAGCCCGAAUAGAGGGCCCGGGGCCGGCCCACCCGCCCGCCCGCCACGCCCGCCUGUAGUAGCCCUUGCCAACCCGGACUUCCCAGCUGGGCCGACUCCUCGGGGGACAGCCCUUGGCCUCCCAGCCUGAUCCACAUGGACACACAGUUACGGACAGUGUCCCCUCUCCCUGCAGGACCUGCCCUGCCACCUCCCGCUGUCUGUCUUCUGGGGCCUGGGCCUGCCCCCUCCAGACCCCUCACCCCCCAACACACACUCACACUCAGGUCAUGACGAGUCCCACCUCCCCCCUCCGAACGGCACGGCAGCGGGCACCGAGCUCAGGACACCCCAGAGCCGCCGCGAAGACACAGCCCGUGCCGCGGGGACCUCGGCUGCGGGGCUGCGGCCCCUCCCGGCAGUGGCCGCACGGGCAGCCGGCCAGCCUCGCACAGGACAGCCGGGCUCCGUCCUGGAGGAAACUGAAGCUGAACCCCAGCCUCCGCAGCAGCAGCAGCAGCAGACCUGGCCCCCACCUCCUGGCCCUCAGCAGCAUCUGUGAUUCAUGCUCCAGCUCAGCUGGGUGACUCACCACGCGGGCAGAGGGUCCCACGGGCCCCAGUCCUCGAACCAGCUGAGGCGGCAGCCGUGUCCACGGAGCCAGGAGAGUGACCACAGGUCUCAGGCUCCCCGGAGCCCCGGCUGCUGCGCCUGGCACUGCCCGCCCCCCUCUCCUCCACAAGCUGCCCGCCAGGAGGAGACGCCUGAGGCCCGCGAGGGGGGCUGCGGAGAGGGGACCCCGAGGAGAGCGGUGCUGAAGACAGGCCGGCGCGAGGGCCAGGCUGCCACGUGCCCGCCCCGCCGGCCGCCAGCCCGCCGGGCCCCAGCCACUGCGGCUGGAGCUGGAGUUCGCUACCCAGGCCCGACUCCUCCAGCCUAGGAACCCGCCCACUGCGUGGCCAUCCGCUCCCCUCCCGCUGAGCUUCCCGCCCGCCCUGGGCUAAGGCCGCGGCCUCCGCUCCUGCGCCCGGCCGGUGGCCCCAGGACGCCCCAAGCCUUUGCUGCUGGGGCUCAAGCUGCGCUCUGCCAGGCCCCGCUGCUGCCCAGGCCCGACCCCCACCUCCCCGACACCAACACCCUGGUGCUGCCCGCGACUUGUGUCUGCCUAGCGGGUCCUGUUUGGGGGUCCCCUUCCUGCCUGUCCACUGGGGGUUCCCAGGUUCGGGGACCGACAGCUGCAGGUGACACUCAGCCCCUCCACCCCGUGCCCUUGCCACCCCCACCCUCAGGUUUAAGUUUGCACAUGAGCCAUAACCCAUGUCCCAGGCUGCAGGGCCCUCCCUGAAGACAGACUCUUUUGUAAGAUUUUGCUAAUAAAACACUGAGACUUG